AUGAGUCUCACGUAUGGCGCUGGCGGCAUUGCGUCGUUUCUAACCGUGGUGGGAGCUUAUAUGCUCUUCACUGGCAGUGGUGAAGCUUUCAACGUGGGCGCCUUUCUCGAAUCCGUAUCCCCCUACGCAUGGGCCGAUCUAGGCAUCGCCCUGUGUAUUGGGUUAUCCGUCGUCGGCGCAGCAUGGGGCAUCUACAUCACCGGAUCCUCGAUUCUCGGCGCAGGCGUCAAGGCUCCCCGCAUCCGAACCAAGAACCUCAUCUCCAUCAUCUUUUGCGAAGUCGUCGCCAUCUACGGCGUCAUCAUGGCCAUCGUCUUCUCUUCCAAGGUCGAUCAGGCUGAUAUUCGGGCUGCGUCAUCUGCUGAGGCGUAUUAUACUGGGUUUGCGCUCUUCUGGUCUGGCUUGACAGUUGGGUUUUGCAACUUGGUGUGCGGGAUUGCGGUGGGGAUUAAUGGAUCCGGCGCGGCGUUGGCUGAUGCUGCUGAUCCUUCUUUGUUUGUCAAGAUUCUUGUCAUUGAGAUUUUCAGCUCCGUUUUAGGUCUGUUUGGGCUCAUUAUUGGCCUUUUGGUUUCGGGCAAGGCGACUAGCUUUGCGGCAACGGCCUAA